UCUCUAAUUAGUUUGUUGUCAAAAAGUGACAUUUGCUUCUUUGGGACAAUGGGGAAAAAAAAAAAAAAAACCUAAAAAUGCAUACUUGGCCAGUGGCCUCCAUUAACAACGACUGUUUUACCGUUUAAAAUAAAGAAUCCUUUUUUCCCGUCUUACCAAUAAUUCCUCUGCGUCGUUCUUCAUUGAAUUGUUCCAUUUCUGCCUUGUCUCCAAGCAAAAAAAAAAGCUUCCAUGAAGGGAAUUUUGUAGCAUAUCCAGUCCGUUGCCGGCAAAGAAGUUGGCUCUUUCUAUUUGAUUUCAUCACUCUGCAAUAAAUGAUUAGGGUCACUUGUUUAGGUGGUUGGGCAGCAAUAUCAAAGAUGUUUGGUAAAAAUCCUGGAACAGAGGAGUUGGAGGCCUUCUAUCCCAUAAGACCAGAAUGCAUAGCUGAUGUUCCAAAGACCCGCUUUAGGCCCAGGGCAGGGAAAACUCUCAGUGCAAGAAGAUGGCAUGCUGCAUUUUCUGAAGAUGGUCACCUGGAUAUAGCAAAAGUUCUUAGACGGAUCCAACGAGGGGGUAUUCACCCUUCAAUCAAAGGGUUAGUCUGGGAGUUCCUUUUAGGUUGCUUUGAUCCCAACAGUAGCUUUGAGGAUCGGAAUCAGCUUAGACAGCAAAGGAGGGAGCGGUAUGGCAUGUGGAAGACUGAAUGCCAGAAUAUGGUGCCUGUCAUUGGUAGUGGAAAGUUCAUUACAACACCAAUUAUCACUGAUAAUGGCCAACCAAUAGAAGUCGAAGGUUGCAAUGUGACAAGUGCCGUUUCAGACAAGAAAGUGGCUCAGUGGAUGCUUUCUUUGCAUCAAAUCGGUAUGUAUGGUUUGGAUGUUGUUCGAACUGAUCGAGCACUUCUCUUUUAUGAGAAUGAAACUAAUCAGGCAAAACUUUGGGAUAUUCUUGCUAUAUAUUCAUGGGUAGAUGAUGAUAUUUGUUAUGUUCAAGGAAUGAAUGACAUAUGCUCUCCAAUGGUAAUUCUUCUUGAAGAUGAAGCAGACGCAUUUUGGUGUUUUGAGCGUGCAAUGCGCAGACUGAGGGAAAACUUUAGGUGCAAUACAACUUCAAUAGGAGUGCAGUCCCAGCUUAGUACACUUUCACAAGUUAUUAAAACUGUUGACCCUAAGCUUCAUCAACACCUUGAGGAACUAGAUGGUGGGGAGUAUUUGUUUGCGUUUCGCAUGUUGAUGGUACUCUUCCGGAGAGAGUUCUCCUUUGUUGAUGCAUUGUAUCUUUGGGAGGUAAUGUGGGCAAUGGAGUACAACCCUAAUAUCUUCUCGUCAUAUGAGCUGCCCGAUGCAACUAUAGAUAGCAGCACUGCACUAACAUUAGAUCAGAAGCUGCUAAAGCAGUAUGGGAAAUUUCAAAGAAAAAAUGUGCAGAAUGGACAAACGGAGAAAAACAGUGCACUAGCAGUUUUCCUUGUUGCAAGUGUUCUUGAGACCAAGAAUAAGCGGAUUCUAAAGGAGGCUAAGGGUUUGGAUGAUGUUGUCACGAUAUUGGGUGAUAUUACUGGAAAUUUGGAUGCUAAGAAAGCAUGUAAAGAGGCACUGAAGAUUCAAGACAAGUACUUGAAAAAGGCCAAGAAGCCAUAGCCGCAGAUCAUCAAACAUGAAUUUUUAUAUUUUAAAGAUUUUUGUAUCCAUUUUUUCGCCUAAUUUUUUUUCCAAUUUUCCUUGUAUUUUGGAUUUUUUAUUUUAUUUUAUUUCUCUUCCACCUUGUUCAUACAUAUAUUAAUUGAUUUCAUUUUUUGAAAACUGAAGUUCUUUUGUGUAAAAUGAUUAUGAUGAGAUGAUUUUGUGGAAUUAUGAGCUUUCACGGUUAAAAUAACAAAGUAAA